AUGGAGUUCGACACCCCCGCCGCCGCCCUGGCCGGCGACGAGCUGCGGCGGCUCCUCGCGGCCACCCUCAGCCCCGACAAGGCGUCGGUGGACGCCGCCGCCGCGGGGCUCGACGCGCUCGCUGCGGACCCACGCUUCCCCCUCGCCAUCCUCGCCGUCGCCGCAGGGGACGGUGAUCAGGGGAUGAGAGUCGCUGCAGCGACAUACUUGAAAAAUUUUACCCGCCGCAAUUUGGAAAGCCGUCUGUGUUCGUCUGAGGUUUACAAGGAGUUCCGUGACCAACUUGCCCAGGCUUUGCUUCGAGCGGAACCUGCAAUUCUUCGAGUGUUGAUUGAAGUUUUGAAAUUAGUGAUCCAGAGAAGCAAUCUAGUUAGUCCAGGUCAGCAUCCUGAGUGGAAUACCAUUAAUGCUCUCAAAGUACUUCAAUCUGUUGUGAGGCCCUUCCAGUAUUUCUUGAAUCCAAAAGUUGCAAAAGAGCCUGUUCCACAACAGUUGGAGCAAAUUGCAGCAGAGAUUCUUGUACCAUUGCAAGUGACAUUCCAUCACUUCUCUGACAAGGUUCUGUUGUCACCUGAUGGGACUAACUUGGAAUAUGAGCAGCUCCUACUUAUCACAUGCAAAUGCAUGUAUUUCACUGUGAGGUCAUACAUGCCAUCUAGGGUGAAACAAAUUUUGCCUUCCUUUUGCAAAGACAUGUUCUGUAUACUAGAUUCUUUGAACUUUAAUAGUCCUAUUGAAGAUGGACCUACCAUAAGGCUCAAGAUUGCAAAGAGGUGUCUCAUUAUAUUGUGCGCACUUGUUACACGUCACCGGAAACAUGCAGAUAACCAGAUGCCACAUAUUGUCAACUGUGCAAUCAAAAUAUCGAAACAAAGCAUUCACUUAAGUAAACUUGACUCUCUCCCCAAUCGGAUUUUUUCAUUAGCAUUUGAUGUAAUUUCUCGAGUUUUGGAAACAGGACCGGGAUGGCGACUAGUUUCACCACAUUUUUCUUCACUUCUUGAUUCAGCAAUUUUUCCAGCAUUAGCGUUGAAUGAGAAGGAUAUAGCAGAAUGGGAGGAGGAUACUGAUGAGUAUAUGCAAAAGAAUCUUCCUUCUGAACUUGAUGACAUUUCAGGAUGGACUGAGGAUUUGUUCACUGCCAGAAAAAGUGCAAUCAAUUUACUUGGUGUUAUAGCUCUGUCAAAGGGUCCACCAGUUGCACCUGCAGCAUCCAAGCGGAAGAAAGGUGAUAAAAGUAAAGGGAAAUCUGAAAGGAGCUCAAUUGGGGAGUUAUUGGUCAUCCCAUUCCUGUCAAAAUUUCCUAUACCUUCCCAUGGUGAAGAUGCAUCAUCAAUGGAAGUGCGGAAUUAUUUUGGAGUUUUGAUGGCAUAUGGAGGCCUCCAAGAUUUUCUGACUGAAAAGAAAGAUUUGACAAUUACAUUGAUCAGGAACCGGAUUCUUCCAUUAUAUUCUUUGGAUCCAUGCAGCCCAUAUUUGAUUUCAACGGCUAAUUGGGUUAUUGGUCAGCUUGCUAUAUGCCUACCAGAGGACAUGAGUACUAGUAUUUAUCAGUCCUUAAUGAAGGCGUUGACGAUGGAGGAUGUGGAGGACAUAACUUGUUAUCCAGUUUGUGCCUCUGCUUCUGGUGCUAUUGCAGAACUCAUCGAGAAUAGUUAUGCUCCACCUGACUGGCUCGUUCUUUUGCAAGUGGUUGUGAAAAGAAUAAGUACUGGAGAUGAAAAUGAGUCUGCUCUUCAGUUUAAGCUUCUGGGCACAAUAGUUGAGGGUGGACAAGAAAAAGUUCUAUCCCAUAUUCCUGAAAUUGUGUCUAACAUUGCUAAUACUGUAAUGGAGCUCCUGCCCCCUGUCCCAGAUCCUUGGCCUCAGGUUGUUGAACAGGGUUUUGCAGCCCUGGUAGCAAUGGUUCAAGCUUGGGAGAACUCUGCACCAGAUGAAAACAAGACACAUGAAAAGAGGGUCUGGCAGUCAGGCCAGUCUGCUAUUGCUGAAACAAUUUCAUUACUGUUACAAAAAGCUUGGUUGUUGCAAGUUGACAAUAUGGAGAACAUCGGUUCUGCAUUGCCACCUCCGUCAUGUGUAAAUGAUGCUUCUGUGUUACUUGAGUUUGUCAUGAGUUCUGUUACUUGCAUGGAAGAAACUGCAAGUAUGAAGGUCUUUGAGCUGGUAGCUAUAUGGGCUGACACUAUUGCUAACUGGGACUCCUGGGAGGAGAUGGAGGAUGAGGGGGUUUUCAACGCAAUUAAAGAAGCUGUCAAUUUCCACCAAAGAUUUGAUCUUGACGGGUUUUUCCUGAAAAUGCUUCCAACGCAGACUGAAAAUGCUUCACAGAGUUCAGUCAUUGGUCGGGUUUCUAAUUUUGUGACAAGGGCAAUUGCAGCUUACCCAUCUGCAACAUGGAGGGCAUGCUCAUGCAUCCAUACACUACUACUGCACGCUCCAAAUUUCUCCCUUGGAACACAAGAUGCUAGAAAGACUAUUGCUGAAUCCUUUGCACAAGCAGCAUUUUCCCGCUUCAAGUCUAUAUCUGACAGUCCUGCUGGGCUAUGGAAACCACUAUUGUUGGCAAUAUCUUCAUGCUACAUUUGUUAUCCAGAUGCCAUUGAACAAGUCUUGAACAACUUUGAUGGUAAUGGUUUUGCAAUCUGGACAUCUGCAUUGGCACAAGUCUCAAGCAGCUCAUUCAAUCCUGGCCUGUCAUCUGAAUCCGAGAUCAAGUUAGCCGUGCUAACAUUAUCAACUGUGACUAACCAUCUCAUGUCACUUUCCAUGGGUGGCACCAAAGUGUUACAAGACUGCUAUGUAUCACUGAUGGAAUCUUGCAUUCAGCUGAAGGAAGUUCAAGACAAUGGGGACAAUGAUGACGAUGACGGUGCUGAAGAUCUUGAUGAUGACGAUGAAGAUGAAGACACCGAAGACGAUGAUGAGGAUUCGGACGACGAUGAUGUGCGGGAAGAAACAGAAGAGGAAUUCCUUGAAAGAUAUGCACUAGCUGCUGUGGGUGAGUCAAUCGAGGCUAUCGAGGAAGGAGACAUUGAUGAAGAAACCCAAGACAUUGAAUUGGGCUCUCUGGAUGAUGUGGACAUACAAGACGUGGUUAUUUCCCUGAUGCAGAAACGUCCUGCUUUGCAGGCCCAAACGUUUCCAGACAGCCUGGUUGAAAGAAUUACAGAAACAUUCCCAGAAUACCAACGGUUUUUCCAAGUCCAUCGACAAUCUUAG